AUGAAUACUUUUGCGAAGGUGUCUUCGGUCCUUGGCCGUGAAUACGAAACAAUGCUAUGUAUUGAUAUUCAGCAGGACAGUUUAGGAAGUCCUAGUUUGAGUAGUUUGCAAGAUUCGCCUCAUUCGUUAAAAAUAAAACAAGAACCUUAUCAAUUAUCACCGUCACUUCCAGCUCUUCAUCAAGUAAGUAAUUAUGUAACAGACAUGUCUUCAGGAUGCAUGAGUACGCAAAAAGACUUGGACAUGACGGUGAAUAAUUUCACGCGAAGUUUAACAACUCACCCGCAUUCGCUGGGUCAUUUGCACGAUCACUUGAACCACAACAGUCCUCGGUCAGCGAUAUCAAUGCACUCGUCGAGUUCCUUGCACCCAACCAGUCAUCACCAUCAUCAUCACUGCGAUGACAAGACCGGUGCGUCCCCGCCUGUAGUACUUCACAGUUCGAGCAGCGCGAAAACCUCGACAUCUUCGACGCCAAAUGCCUCGUCCACGAGUGCAAACACCAACCUCUCGGCCAACACCAACGAGGCCAGCACCACUGGGUCCAUCUCCAACAGCAGUGAGGCUUCUUCGACUUUGAUAAAACCUCCUUACAGCUACGUCGCGCUGAUCGCCAUGGCGAUUAAUCACACUCAGCACAAACGCGCGACGUUGAGUGAAAUUUAUUCAUACAUUACCAAUAAGUUUCCUUAUUAUGAGAAGAAUAAAAAAGGCUGGCAGAAUUCCAUCAGGCAUAAUCUUUCUUUGAAUGAGUGUUUUGUCAAAGUUCCUAGAGAAGGUGGUGGUGAACGGAAAGGAAACUUUUGGACACUUGAUCCGCAGUUUGAUGACAUGUUUGAAAAUGGCAAUUACAAAAGACGUAAGCGCAUGAAGAGACCGUACAGAGGGACUUCUUAUCACCAUAAAACGUUAUUCGGAGAUCCGUAUCCGACGAGUCAUGUUCAUCUAGGAGCAACGAGGAAUAUUUUCGCGCAUUCUCCACCUUCUUAUGCUCCAACUGCGUACACAAGAUACGAUGCCAGCACGUGGAGUCUCCAACAGCCUCAGUUGUCAUACAGUCAUUGUCAAGCGCUCCAACCUCAACUCCAACCAAUGCAGUCGAUGCAAAUACCCACGAUGAACGGCUACGGACAAUUUAAUUCUUUAAGUAGUACCACCAGUUCUCCGGGUUCUAUGCCCAGCAGUUCAUUUGUAGGCAAUAAUUUCGGUAGUUGUUCAAGACGUCACGACACAUCCGUCACCGCUGAUGCCAUGGCUGGAAGAUCAUAUUGGCCAGACAUGGUCAAUGUCAAAGAAGAACCUGGAAGUUCAACUGUCACCUCCGGUGGACUAGGAACUAUCGGCGUUGGAAGUUCGAUGGUCGGAUCACCGAUGUCAGCCAACGUUUCAUCAACAGGAUUCCCCAGCAUGGAUUUCCAAAGUCGUCCCAAGUGUUACAUAUGA